UUGACAAGUCAUCAAAUUUACAAUGAUCAAUAUGAAAUGCUAUUUGUUCUAUUUCUUUUACUCUUCUGGUACCAAUUCGCAAUGAUCAAUUCGCAAAAACCUACGUUUUUCCCGUUCUGUAUCUCAAGAAAUUUCUGUAAACUAGCCUGUAACUGUACCGCAGCCCGAUACUGUAGUUCUUUGGAGAUGAGCGACGAUUUGAGACAAAAUAUAACCUAUUACAUGAAUCACAUAAGGGACAUGCAGACCAAGGGUAGGACGAAAGCUUCCAGCCUAUCCAUGCUCCAGUACGACCACCAACUGGAGGAAAUAUCCUCCUGCUGGGCUCUCAAAUGUGAAAACGAAUUUUCGGAAUGCUACUACACGCCCAGGUUCAGCGAAACGUCACAGAACGUAGGCAUUGCCAACAGGAAGGAGCCAAGUUUGAACUUGUGGCACGAGAUUAUAAGCUCGUGGCUCGGUGAAAUGAAGUAUCUAACUAUUGAGAGUUUGCACAGCCUACCACCAGGUGAAGACGGACUGAAAAUACACAAUGUAGCACAACUGCUCUCAGAAAGGAUCUUUUAUGUCGGUUGUUCUUGGAGUAUGUCCCCCAAGUUUGUCCUGCUGGUGUGUACUUUUGGACCUAGAGGUCCGCUACCUGGCCAGCCGAUUCUCCGGACAGGAAUCCCUUGUAGCGCAUGUCCAUUCGGAUCGUAUUCUUCUAGGGAAGUGCCUAGUUCAACGGUUAUUAUGCCUACACCACCCUCAGCCUUCAAACCCAAGGCACGUAGAAAGGUGUCGAGGGCCAAGAGAACAAGACCACUGGGCAACUUAAAGCAUCCUUGGUCCGGAAUUUAUAUCAUGCUGGUAGUUUCAUUGAUUGCUGUUACAGUUAUUUCCGUUGUAGGUUUUGCUUGUUAUUGUAUUAUAUUUUAUUGAUAUAGAAAAGUUUAAGAAAGAA